AUGGCUUCUGGAUACGCCCCACCCCCUCCACAAGAGAGAGAACUCCAGCCUCAUCCUUACCUUCAUGAACCUCUUCUGUACAUUUCUAAUCUCCCCCCUUUUGUUAUGGAUGAAAAUCUUGCUCUGGCGUUCCAAGCUUGUGCGCCUUUCAGACUUAAUAUCACGCGUGAUGGCAGCAACCGCCCGCUGUCGGGCACCAUCGAGUUUAAAUACCUUGAGAAAGGUCGAUUCUCUGAAAAAGCACUUGCCACUCUGCAAUCGCGUCCAAUUCUUGGUCUUCAGCCACCCGUACUCUUGGUCUUAUCUCCUUAUACUCCAACAAAUCCACCGACCCCCUUACCUCCUCCUUCUGCGUCUCCUCGGCUAGUGAAGCAUUUACCCGUCGGCUACUCCGAUUUCCAGUUAUACGACAUUUUUAGGACCUACGGUGCACUUGCGUCUGUACGCACGCAAACUGGAUUCGGUAGCGAUACUGGUGUCGUCGAGUUCUGGCGUGAAGAGGAUGCACGAAUGGCAGAAGAAGCUAUGCAUUGCGCUGAAGUGGAAGGCCAAAAUAUAGCUGUGCAAGUAUACCAAGCCAGGCGAGCGAGUGGCAACGUAUCCGAGUUUAGCGCCAAUGCUCCGACCUUCGUUCCUUCGGGGUCCGUUUUCCCUUACCCAACGCAGUACUCCCCGCCUCGUGCGAGUCCUUUCCCUAUGAGGAGUUCGCCUGUAUUUGUCCACGGUCCUGGCCAGCAGGUUCAACUCGCUCCGAUGAGUGGCCCUGGCUCAAACAGUCACAGUGGCCUCAUUGAUCCGUGCAAUCUUUUCUGCAAAAAUCUGGAUCCAGAAAUAGAUUCCAAUGGUUUAUUUGCGCACUUCCGUCAGUUCGGGCAGAUUGUAAGUGCUCGCGUCAUGCGGAACGAGAAUGGGGACAGUCGUGGUUUCGGUUUUGUUUCUUUCCAGACGCCUGAUCAAGCUUCGGCUGCUAUGCAUGCGAUGAAUGGCAUGGUCUUCGGUUCUAAGCAGUUAGUUGUCCGGCUUCAUGAACCGAAACAAUUGCGGCAGGAAAAGCUGGCGCAGCGCUUUGGUCACAAUGGUCACCCCAGAAGCGCCAGUGGAGCAACAAGCCCUACUGCAAGCGAAGGUGGGGAAAGUUAUGUUGGUUGGUCCAGCCCACGUCAUGUUUCUUCAGCAUUGGGUUCCCCUGUUAUCAGUCAUCUCGACGGACCCGGGAGGGGAAGAAGAGGAUCUGGGAGCUAUUACAAUGCUGCUCUCACUGGAACUCUUAAUUUGCCGAUGCGUUAUGACGAUCUUGCGGCAUUGUCACCGGUCGUUCGAAAGGAAGUACUGACGGGCGAGUUAAGUCGACGGAUCAAGGCAACAGACUCGGUCCCUGCUGGAGAUAUCGACACUGUCGUUGAAUCUCUUGUUAGUCUGUCUCUCAGCGAGGUCGUGUCAGGUUUCCAAGACCCCGCCAAAUUUACUGAUCAGAUUCAAAAUGCGAGAAAGUCUCUAAAGACGUCAAAGUCACCAUCACCUCCUGCAAAAUCACCUUCGCCUUCAAAUUCACAGGAUUCUCGCCUUCUCGAUCCUAAUGCCCUUAACGCAACUGCCUCUGCUCCGGAACAUCCUUCUACUCCUAUAUCUAUUUCUGCGUCGUUGUCUACACCUCCUCGUACUUCGUCGCCUUCCGGGUCGGUUCCACCAACCUCUGAAAAAGAUCGCAUGGCGGCAGCUGUGAGCAAACUCGAGUCGUCUCGCCAGGGCGAACUCACUGAGCUUCUGAUGAGUCUACCUAAACGGGAGCGUGCUAUGUGUCUUUUCAACGUUGAAGUGCUUAGAGCAAAAAUCGCUGAUGCCAAGAUGGUCUUGGAAAGUGAUGAAGUUGAUGAGCCUCAGAAGAUCGAAACCCAAUCAGUGCAAUCAGCUCCCGCACCCGCGCCUCAAGCACCCGUAACGCCUCAGGCUAAGAAAGUCAUUUCAUCUGUUCAGGAUUCACCUCAGACACCUGCUCUGUCUUCUCGUGGCCCUUCCGCUGCUUCUUCACCUGUUCCAGCCACGCCUGGUGCACCUUCGCAUACUAUUGCAUCGCUUGCGCGUUUGCCUGCUGCUGAAAUUGUCAAGCUAGCCAACUCUUCAUCUGCGACUGGGCUGCCUUUGCCCAAAGCUGAUCCAUUGGUUGUAAAAACCACCGACGAGUUUGUAGACAGUUUACUCGACAAGCCAAUUCAGGUCCAGAAGCAGCAGUUGGGUGAUAAACUAUGGCGGACGAUCAAGUCAUUUGGUAUCAAGGGAGCUCCCAAGCUUACCAUCGCUCUUCUGGAUCAAGACGAUCUCCGUGCCUUGGCGCACCUCAUGAAUAGUUAUCCAUCUGUUCUCAAGGAGAAGGCUCUUCUGCUCCAGACUGCUCAGACUGGUAGCAAGUAA